GCGCAGUGCGCAGGCGCAGCUGCGCGGCUCCUCUCGCCCCAGCUCUCCGGCCCAGUUCUCGCGGACAAGCCCAGACAUCGCGCGCCACCCCCCCUCCGGGACCGCCCCCUCCUCUCUCUCGGCGUCGUCGAAGAUAAACAAUAGUUGGCCGGCUGUCGCCGAGUGUGUCUCCCGCCGCCGGAUUCGGCGGGCUGUGUGGGACCGGCGGGAUCCCGGCCAGCCGGCCAUGGCGGGGCUGUACUCGCUGGGAGUGAGCGUCUUCUCCGACCAGGGCGGGAGGAAGUACAUGGAGGACGUUACACAGAUCGUUGUGGAGCCCGAGCCGACGGCUGAAGAAAAGCCCUCGCCGCGGCGGCCGCUCUGUCCCUCACAGCCGUCACCGCCUGUUCUUCCUGGCAGCGAAGUCUCGGAGAAAGGCCCAGCGGUGGCAGCCGGGGAAGCUCGCGACCCUCCCCCGGACGCCAGGGCCUCGCCGGCUCCCGGCCGCUGCUGCCGCCGUCGUUCCUCUGUGGCCUUUUUCGCCGUGUGCGACGGGCACGGCGGGCGGGAGGCGGCACAGUUUGCCCGGGAGCACUUAUGGGGAUUCAUUAAGAAGCAGAAAGGUUUCACCUCGUCCGAGCCGGCGAAGGUUUGCGCUGCUAUCCGCAAAGGCUUCCUCGCUUGUCACCUCGCCAUGUGGAAGAAACUGGCAGAAUGGCCAAAGACUAUGACAGGUCUUCCCAGCACAUCAGGGACAACUGCCAGUGUAGUCAUCAUACGGGGCAUGAAGAUGUAUGUAGCUCACGUAGGUGACUCAGGAGUGGUUCUUGGAAUUCAGGAUGACCCGAAGGAUGGUUUUGUCAGAGCUGUGGAGGUGACCCAGGACCAUAAGCCAGAACUUCCCAAGGAAAGAGAACGAAUUGAAGGACUUGGUGGAAGUGUGAUGAACAAGUCUGGGGUGAAUCGUGUAGUUUGGAAACGACCUCGGCUCACUCACAAUGGACCUGUUAGAAGGAGCACAGUUAUUGACCAGAUUCCUUUUCUGGCAGUAGCAAGAGCACUUGGUGAUUUGUGGAGCUAUGAUUUCUUCAGUGGUGAGUUUGUGGUGUCACCUGAACCAGACACAAGUGUCCACACUCUUGACCCCCAGAAGCACAAGUAUAUUAUCUUGGGGAGUGAUGGACUUUGGAAUAUGAUUCCACCUCAAGAUGCCAUCUCAAUGUGCCAGGACCAAGAGGAGAAAAAAUACUUGAUGGGUGAGCAUGGACAAUCUUGUGCUAAAAUGCUUGUGAAUCGAGCAUUAGGCCGCUGGAGGCAGCGUAUGCUCCGAGCAGAUAACACGAGUGCCAUAGUAAUCUGCAUCUCUCCAGGAGUGGACAAUCAGGGAAACUUCACCAACGAAGAUGAGCUCUAUCUGAACCUGACUGAUAGCCCUUCCUAUAAUAGCCAAGAAAGCUGCGUGAUGACUCCUUCCCCAUGUUCUACACCACCACUUAAGUCACUGGAAGAGGAUCCAUGGCCAAGGCUCAACUCUAAAGACCAUUUACCUGCCUUUGUUCGCAGUAAUGCCUUCUCAGAGAAUUUUUUAGAGGUCCCAGCUGAGAUAGCUCGAGGGAGUGUCCAGGCUGUAGUCAUACCCUCAAAAGAUCCAGAGCCACUUGAAGAAAAUUGCGCUAAAGCCCUGACUUUAAGGAUACAUGAUUCUUUGAAUAAUAGCCUGUCAAUUGGCCUUGUGCCUACCAAUUCAACAAACACCAUCAUGGACCAAAAAAAUUUAAAGAUGUCAACCUCUGGUCAAAUAAAAGCCCAAGAAGUUGAGAGAACGCCUCCAGCAAACUUUAAAAGGACAUUAGAGGAAUCCAACUCUGGCCCCCUUAUGAAGAAGCAUAGACGAAAUUGCUUAAGUCGAAGUAAUGGUGCUCAGCCUGCAAGCCUGCCCACAACCUCACAGCGAAAGAACUCUGUUAAACUUACCAUGCGACGCAGACUUAGGGGCCAGAAGAAAAUUGGAAAUCCUUUACUACAUCAGCACAGGAAAACUGUUUGUGUUUGCUAAAAUAUAUCUGGGAAAUGGGGUUUUUCCAAACUUAGGAUAAAGAGGGCUUUUAAAAUUUGGUGCCGAAGUUGAACUUUUUUUAAGGAGACAAAAAGAGGAUACAGUUUGACUUUUGGAAUUCAUGUUUUAUCCUGGCCUUUUACUUUCUUGUAUUAUAAAUGUGAAUUUUGUAGAUGUUAGGGUAUAAGUUGCUGUAAAAUGUGUGUAAAUUUGUAUCCUUUACACAAACUCAGUCUCUUAUACACAGUAAUUGUGACAACAGGGCUAAAUGUUUAAAAAAAAUCAAAAGAAUUUAUUAGGUUUUAGAAAUAUGUUUGAACAUUUUAAAAUGCUUAUUAAAAAAUUUGUAUGAGCCACGUGAUGAAAACUACACAACUUUUUAAAGUAAAUUAUUAAGCAGACUGGAAAAGUGAUGUAUUUUCAUAGUGACCUGUGUUCCAUUUAAUGUUUCUUAGAGACUAGUGUCUUUUAAAAAUUAUUUUUAUUUCUAAUUUCAUAAUUCAGAAAUAAAUUUUUCAUAGAAGAAAGGUUGAGCCAUGCUAAAGUAGCUGGAUGUUAGUCUUCUUGUCCCAGUUAAAAUACUAUGCAGUAUCUCUUACUUCAGGAGCAUUUUUCUAAAACUUUAUUCCAGAAUACUCACUGAAUCUUUGGCAUAGAAGGAGGUACAUGUGCCUAAAACAAUGCCCUUUCCAGUCAUCCCAGACCAAUGGCAUUAUUAGGUUUUAAAGUAGUUACCCCUUCUAGUGUUUGCUUAAACUAUGUGAAGUUUUUCUUGCUGUUUCAGUAAUGGAUGGUGCUGCUAAUUCCCAACAUUUCUUAAAUUAUUUUAUAUCAUACAGUUUUCAUUGAUUAUAUGGGUAUAUGUUCGUUCAUCUAAUAAAUCAGUGAACUGUUCCUCAUGUUACUGGAUUUUUGUUCUAAGUUGUUUGAGUGGUAUAUACUUAUAUUAUUAACAUUCUAUUGUGCCAUGAUUGUGCUUUAGAGUAACAACAAAAUACAUAUAUAAUGUUCA